UUUCAAAAUAAAACAUACACGCAACAUGCCUCAUUGAAAAGAAGGACAGCGAAGGGUUGCGCGACGUUAAGCUCCAUUUUGAGAUAUAAAAGACCAAUACAAUGUGGCUUUCUUUAAUUGUCUGUUAUGACGUAAUUGGUCCCACGUAUGGUUUUAGUUUGAAGGCUAAAAGACCAAAACUGCUUUUCCAUCCUCGCUAGCUUGUUUCGUGUAGCUCCAAGCGCACACUGGCUGCAGUGGCGUCUUCCUUUCGUGCUAACACGUUAAAGCUGCAGGACUGUUGCUCCCUUCCCCUUCGGCCUCCGUUUGUCAGCACCUGGCUGCCUUUAUUCAAGGACGGUAGGUGGAGUGACUGUAAGAUCAUAUGUGCCUACGAGUGUGACACGUCUCUGAUCAAUGGCUACCUCAGGCUCCACCCCUCUUCCUACACCUGCCACUGUGCCUGAGGAUUUCCAUUAUGAGACCAAGUACAUUGUGCUCAGCUACCUGGGACGGCUUCCUGGUGGUAGACCACAAUCAGCUGAAGGAGAACCCACAAGAAUAGUUAAAGAGCAGGUAGAAGGAGAGCUGAAACGACUAGAAGAGGAAGUUGCUGCUUCAUUUUCCAGCACGGGUUUUGACUGCCGCGCAUCACUGGUGUUCAGCCCAGCCAACCCUGACAUGGCAAUCGAAGACUGUCUCGCUGAGCUGGGAGAGCGCAUGGUCCGAGAGCUGGACACACACUUGAAAGCAGCCGUACACACACUUCUAUCAGGAUCUUUGGAGUACGAGACAUUCCGAGAUGCAACACUGGACCUGUCAACACACACACAAGGAGCGUGGAGCAAAGUUCUGGUGCCUUUGGUGUUGCUUCAGGCUUUACAAAACCAAGGUCUGUCCCUGGUAAAUCUGCUGCAUCUUGGAGUGCGCUUCCUGGAGGAGGCUCACGGGGAAUACAUCAUCCAACAUGGGGGAUAUGGUGAAAUAUUUGGACUGGGUUCAGAAGAAGAGCAGAGCGUUGCCAUCGCUGAAGACAGCAACGACAUCUACAUCCUGUCGGGGGAUCAAGCGCCUGAUCAGCUGAGCCCUCCGUCGUCUCUGCUGUGCACGGGCGACAACAGCAGCGGGCUCAGCUCCUGGCAGACAGAGAGCUUACCCGUGUCGCUGGCCGGCCACGAGUCGUGGGCGCAGGUGUGCGCGAUGGACCCCGAGGACAUCAAGAGCCUGGACAGCAACGAGGGCGCGGCUCUGGCCGAGGAGCGCAGCGAGAACAACUCAUCCAACUCGGACAUCGUCCAUGUGGAGCGCGAGGAAGCCGAGCUGCUGGAUGAAGGCGGAGCCAUAGAGGAGAGCAUGAUGAGCGUUUUAGGUACGGAGAGUGAGCUCGCUCAGCUCCGGGAGGAAAUUAGUAGCCAGAUGACCGCAGCUCCUGCGACGUCAGAGGUAGAAUCCGCAGCACCUGCCUCUCUGAUCUCUCUAGAAGAACCUGCCGUUGUCUUAGAGACGUCAACAGAACCUUCCCUCAUCUCUAUAGAACCACAGCUUCCUCCUCCGGUCCUGGAAGCUUUUGCUCCUCCUCCGUUUGACCCGGAACCUGCAGCACCGUUACCCGUUCCUGCAGUAGAACCAGAGCCUGAGCCAAAAUGGCUGUCUGCUGAGGGUACGCCCCCAUUUCCAGCAGCGUCCACAGAUCCUGAAGCACACUUGGAGCCAGUAAUAUUGCCCACUCUGCAGGAGCCAGAGUCCGCGAGCGAGUCGGAGGUACCUGCCGCACAGGUCGCCACCGAGGCGCAGCCAGACCCAGCGUCAGAGCUCCAGGCUCUGCUCUGUGGAGGAGCGACCCUGGUGCUCCUUGCUGCCGUCAUGGCGUACGGUGUCAUCAGAUACAGGAGGAAGUAGUAUAGACGUAGUUUCUUCUCGGGGGGGUUAGUGUACGCGUGAAAGGAUGUUACGCUAGAAAUCCAAGUACUUAGUUCACUGAAGAUUGCAGGGGGGCUGCUUUUGAAGGUCUCCAGUCCAGGACAAUGCCUCUCACUUGAACCUUGACCUCUCCUCCUCCACAUCCUUCUCAGCAGAUGCAAGCACAGAAAAAGGGAAUUAAAUGCACUUCCUGUCUGAUGUUCAAAGCCCACCUCUCCUGCUUUUGCUUUCUUAAAGUCUUUUUUUUCCUCAAAGACAUUCGCGUCAUUUUCUAUUACAUCGUUUAAAUGCCCAAAUGGAAAGUAGGAAAUUAUAUUUUACGUUGCAUAUAAAUGCUACCCUACUUAAGUCAUUUAUUAAAGGAAACUGCAGCACAAUGUAAAUAAAUAGUAUUUUUAAGUAAAUGAAAUCAAGUCAAUUAUUGGCUGCAGUGUUAAUAUAAUUAUGCCACUUAAACAACUGUGUAAUUAAGUUGUUUUUCCAUGAUAUUUGCUGUCCCUUUUAUUUAUGCACAACAAGAAGCUGUGAUUGAAAAUGUCCAACAAUUAACACUCCCGAGGUUCAUGUCUAGGGCAAUUUUUUUCUCAGUAAAAAUCAAGAGAAUGUUCCAUCAAACUUUGUACCUUGAAUUUCCUACAAGACGCUCUUGAGAAUAAAGAAAGUGGGAAUGUG